AUGUUCCCAGUGGCGGGUCUCAAACAGGCCGUCUACGUGGACGCGAUGGAUAUCUUUGGCGAGGGUCAGCACUUAGAGCGACAAGAACCCAGUCUUCGGAAGAUUAUCCAAGUCGCCAAAAACAGAUUGCUUAAAUAUGGACACCCCCAAAAGAUAGAGCUUGAAGCCGAGAAUAUGCUUUAUAUUGCCGAAAACACGACCAUUCCGAUUCCCCGCGUUCACGAGAUCCAAAUCCACGACGGUGGUGUUAAGUCUAUCUUAAUGGACUAUAUCGAAGGUCAGACACUGCAGGAUGCCUGGCCCAGCAUGAUCCCAUCACAAAAAAUGUCCGUCGCGCAGGAACUGCACGGAUAUAUACAGCAACUACGAGGGCUAAAGUACGAACAUUCGAGACCUUUCAAUCAUAAAAAUAUAUAUACCCGACACUCAAUGCACCUCGAUGAGUACCUAUUUUCGAGAUUGACGAUGGCAGUCCCAGACCUCCUUCGAAAUACAACAGCCACUAAACAGCCGGAGGAUAAUAUGGUCUUCACGCACGGUGAUCUGGCACCGAGAAAUAUACUGGUUGACGAUAGUGGUCAUGUCACUGCAGUGUUGGAUUGGGAGCUUGCAGGCUGGCAGCCAGAAUGGUGUGAAACUGUUAGAGCGUAUACGUUUUGCAACGAUAUUCCUGGCUGGACUGCCUAUCUAUCAGCUAUUUUCCCGCCAGAUCAUUCCACAGAGUAUAUGGCCGUGGUAUUUGCUAGACAUAUGACACGAUGA